AAAUUAGUCAUUGUUGCUUGUGUAUUUACUAUUAUUAUUACACUUCUAUUCAUAUUUUGUUAAUUGAAAGUUCACUUCAAAUUUUUGCUAUAUUUUACUCUCCCCAAUUACAUUCUAAAAUGAAUUUCUUCAGAAAAGAGCCUACUGUCAAAGAACAACAGAGAGAAAAUGAUCGGGAACUACGUAAGGCAGGAAGAGAUUUAGAGAGGGAUAAGAUAGCAUUAGAAAGAGAAGAGAAAAAAUUGGAGAUGGAGAUAAAAAAGAUGGCAAAGGAAGGAAAUAAUGAAGGAUGUAAAAUGCUAGCAAAGCAACUGGUACAAAUGAGGAAACAAAAAACAAGGUUAUACACUGCUAACAGUAAGAUAUCAAGUGUGCAAAUACAGAACAAGGCGAUGGGCGCGAACAUAGCAAUAGCUGGAGCCAUGGGCGCCACCGCCAAAACUAUGGGCAGCAUGAACAAGAUCAUGAACCCACAACAGAUCGCCAAGGACAUGGAGGCAUUCAAACAGGCGAACUUGAAGAUGGACAUGACCGAUGAUAUGAUUUCAGAUACAUUAGAUGACAUUAUGACCGAGUCGGGCGACGAGGAGGAAUCUGAGGGCAUUGUCAACCAGGUCUUGGAUGAAAUUGGCAUCGAAGUUAGUGGAAAGAUGGCAAAUGCACCGUCGGUCGCACGCAACAAAGUUGGCGAAUCCACAUCCGAUAUCGAUAAGGAACUUAUGGCGCAGUUAACUAAACUUAAGUCGUAGGGUUAUAAAUAAAAUAUGCCUUGAUAUAAGUAUAAAAUUGUUAUUUGUGUUAAGACUCAGGUGAAGGCUAAAUUAGGUUGGGUAAUCUACAACUUUCGAUACACGCGAGUAAAACAAACUUCUAUUCAUGUUUACUUGUGAAUUUACUUUUUAGCAGAUAUCCUAAGCGUCAGCGUGCGUCCACUGCGUGUGUGCGUGAACAUAGGCCUCUUUCAAGCAGCGCCAACUUUUCCUAUUUUCUGCUUUCCUCAUCCAGUCGAUGCCUGCCACUUUUCCGAGGUCGUCGCUCCAUCUAGUUGGGGGGCGUCCGACACUCCGUUUACCGACACGCGGUCUCUACUCGAGGACCUUUCGACUCCAACGACCAUCGGUCCUCCGACAAACGUGACCAGCCCACUGCCAGUUUAGUAUGCUAACACGAUGUCUGUUACUUUAGUUCUUUGGCGAAUCACUUCGUUACGGAUCUUAUCCCCCUAAGACCAUGCAUAGCUCUUUCCAUACCAGGCUGAUUUUUGAUUUGUUUAUAGCGAUGAAA